AGAGAAUGGGAAUAGAGGAGAAGGAAUGCACCCCAAGCUUGGCAAUGGUGAUAAUUCAAGUGGGAUAUGCAGGGAUGAAUGUGCUAUCAAAGUUGGCAAUGGAUGCAGGAAUGAGUCCCUUUGUUUUGAUCACAUAUCGUCAGAUUAUUGCCACCUUCUGCAUUCUUCCUGUUGCCUUCUUCCUUGAAAGAAAAACUCAAAUGAAGAUCACAACUAGUGUUCUUUUCCAGAUCUUCUUGUGUUCAUUAUUCGGUGCUACAAUAAACCAGUUGUUGUAUUUCAUUGGACUCAAGUACUCAUCUCCAACCAUUGCUUCUGCUCUUAGUAACAUGCUUCCGGCCAUCACUUUCGUCAUGGCCAUUCCUUUCAGAAUGGAGACGGUAGGAAUACGAACAAUGGCCGGACAGGCAAAAGUUGCCGGAACAUUAAUAUGUGUGGGUGGUUCCAUGCUCAUGACAUUCUACAAAGGAAGUCUAAUUAAAAUGUUUCCAUCACACAUCCAUUGGAAAUACGCCGAGGAAAUGACGGCAGCCAGUGUCGCUUCCCCGGCAGCUGCCGAUCAUAAUCUUGCUCUCGGAGCAGCUCUUGUUGUCGGUAGUUGUUUUGCCGGGGCUAUUUGGUACAUCAUUCAGGCGAAACUUAGUAAGAGUUUCGCGUACCCAUACACAAGCUCGGCGAUAAUGUGUGCCAUGGCCGGAGUGCAGUGCAUUAUCAUUAGUGUAACUGUGGAUAGAAAUACAUCAAAAUGGGCACUUGGUUGGGACAUUAGACUUGCAAGUGCAAUCUAUACUGGAGUGAUAGGAUCAGGAUUAGCAGUGUCUCUAAUGUCAUGGUGUAUUCAGAAAAGAGGCCCUCUCUUUGUCUCUAUGUUUAGUCCUCUACUUCUUGUCAUUGUUGUCAUCCUUGGCUGGGCAAUACUUGAUGAAAAACUCUACGUUGGAAGUGUGACAGGGUCUGUGUUGAUAGUGGGAGGAUUGUACAUGGUGUUAUGGGGGAAAGGGAAGGAGGAAAAGAAAGGAAGUGGGAAAAAAGGGAUGGAAGUGGAGGAAGUGGAGAAUGGAGAGAGUUUGGGUAUUGGUUUACCAUUGUAUGCAAGUGCUACUAGUAAUGGAAAUGAAGCACAAGGUGGAAACAAGGCAUAAUUAAUUAAGGGAAGUGAGAAAUUAAUGGAAGUGGAGU